AAACUUUUUUUUUUUAAGGUAAUAAAAAGGGGGGAAAUUUUGUCUAUUUAUAUUUGCAUUCCACUACUCGCCACCACCAUCACCGGUCGGCCAUCUGCAGUUUAACUAUGGCUCCAUUGAAUUGCAAGUGGGUGGUGGCGGCGGCGGCAGUUGCGGUGGCGGUGUUGGCGCCGGCGGCGCGGUCGGACUUCGCGAGCGACCGGGCGGAGUGCGCGAGCCAGCUGUUGGGGCUGUCGACGUGCAUACAGUACGUGCAGGGGGAGGCGCCGUCGCCGACGCCGGACUGCUGCUCCGGGCUGAAGCAGGUGACGGCGAAGAGCCUGAAGUGCCUCUGCAUGCUCGUCAAGGACCGCAACGAGCCGCAGCUCGGCAUCCGGAUCAACGUCUCCCUCGCGCUCGACAUGCCGACGCGCUGCAGCGUCCCCGCCAACGUCUCCGACUGCCCCAGAUUACUUAACCUGCCACCCAAUUCGACGGAUGCACAAGUUUUCCUACAAUUCGAAAAGGAUCUUGCAGCACGUGCAGCUACCGGCGGCUCAGGCAAUAAUACAUCAGGGGGCUCGCGCUUGAGAGGCAAUGACGUUGUAGGCGGGCGGAGCUCUACUGACGUGAGUGGCAGCCAAGAAAUUAAGGGAUGCGUGAAGUUAGUAACGGGCCUGAGCUUGGCUGUCUCCAUCCUCCUCCAUCUCAUCGUGUUCGAGUAGAAGGAAAGAACAUGUUCAAUUUGUAAGUGGGCAAAAAUAUACUGUACCCAAUGAAUAAUUAGGAAUAAUAUGUUGAAUCAAUUAAUUGUAUGGACUUAUAUGUAAGAGAUUAUAUACUGUGGGUUGUUUAGUAAAGUUAAGUCCGAAUUAAAAUGAUCAUCUAAGUUUUGGUCA